AUGUCAACUGAAUAUUCUAUAACAGCAACCCCUGAGACAUCAGAAUCCUCGAAAUACGAGUGCUCAUUAUGCCUCAAACGGUAUAAACGACGUGAACACCUGUUUCGCCACAUCAGUUCCCAUACGUCGGAGCGACCAUACCAAUGCAAUUCAUGCGACGGGGCUUUCCAGCGCGCUGAUGUUUUGAAGCGGCACCUGCGGACCUGUGAUGGUGGCGUCUCGAGAGCAAGUACUCGAAGACGGGCUUGCGAUCGUUGUGUUCGUCAGAAAAAGGCCUGCAGCUCCCAUCAACCAUGUCACAGCUGCGCCAAAAGAGGUGCUCAUUGUUGGUAUGCCACAGACACAGGGUCGUUAUCACGACCAAGCCAGAAUAGCUCCACGAAGGAUACACCGAAAGACCAAGACAUGAAUACUCAAUUCACGGACCCACCACCACCGCCAUCGAUAUCGAAUACAAUGAUGCCGUGGGGCUUCAGUAUGGAGGACUUGGAAAACUUUGGCACAAGUCCGAUCAAUACCUUUUUGGAUCCAUCUUCUAUGCAAUGCACCAGUCCAAUUUGGCCAGACUUUUCGGCAUUAGCUUCCGAGAGCCCGGCAACUUUCGAAACACCUGUUUCUAGUGACAGCCCCCGGAAAUCGCUGCACUUUCUAGACAAAUUUACUAGCAAUACAGGUCUAGUGUCAAGCUUUGAUUGCGGCACCCACGAGCAAAGAGAACAAGUUGCUGCCAGCUUAGACCAGCAAAUCUUGUCUCAGCUACAGCAGAGAAUAGUGUCAAUGCCGCCCUUGGGCAUGGAUGUUCCAUCUCCUUUGAUACUGGAAAAUAACAGUGAUACAAGUUCAACCAGCGACUUACCACUGGAGUGGUUCAAUGAUCCACUUUCCUUGAAGACACACGAGAUUCUUCUCUUAAUUGAAGAAGUGGUCACGAUCAAACCGCGCAACAGUUCUGUCACCUUGGACUGGUCAUCAGCACUCAGAGAUGCAUGUCUGCAAUUCUUCUCUCCUUCGAAUAUAAGAAGGUUUCUGGGGUUCUACUGGGCAAUAUGGCAUCCUAAUGUGAACUUUGUGCAUCGACCUACCUUCGACAUGCUGGCAGCGAAGCCAACAGUACUAGCUGCAAUGGCUCUGAUUGGUGCCUGUGUAUCACCUGAUAUGCCUGACAACGAAGAUGCACGAACCUGGUUCAACUGUGUGGAAGAAAUGGUUUUCAUUGACGACGAUUUCAACAGUGAUUUGACAUACCAAUCUUCUGAUAACAUGGUCAUCCAAAGACGCAAGAUCCAGGCUGUACAGGCUGCCUAUAUAGUCUGUCUCUAUCAGAAUUGGGAGGGCACGGAUGCGAGCAAGAGUCGCAUUCGACGUUACCGUUUUGCUACUCUGGUAUCUACUGCUCGUGAUAUUGGUAUUACGGCGGCGAGACAUCUGAACUACAGCGAGCAAGGCCGCCAUGAGUUCGAAUGGAAAGAAUAUGCAGCUAGGGAGGAACUCAUCCGUCUGUUCACUUGGAUCUUUUUACUAGACUCAGCAUUCGUCAUUUUUAACAACCUUCCUCCACGGAUGGUCAUCAAAGAAAUGAGGAUGCAUAUGGCAACACCAGAAGCUUGCUUCCAAGCAACAACGGCAGACCAAUGUCACCACCAACUUCAACUCUUCCUGCCGGCAAGAAGUCUUUACUGGACGAUCUCGUUCCGUGGGUCAUUCGAGUCCAUAUGUAAAGACGAUCUAUCGGUCAAUAUCCGCCACCUCCUCGCUACCCUGGGUCCAUUGAAUUUAUUCGCAUUAACAUCAGCAAUUCAUUCACAAAUCUUCCAAUUCCGCAGCGCGGUUGGCAGCUUCCAACUCCGAGCCCCGAUACAAAAUGCGCUCAGCAACUGGCGAGAUAUCUGGCACUUGUUCUCGUCGACAUUCCCCCAAGGAAUCAUGCCACACAUGACAAUCGAAGACUCUCACAUUCAGCCAGACGAGCUCUGGAGACGAAUGGGAUUUUUCCGCUAUGCCCCGGAGUACUGGCUUCUAGCCCACCUGAUGGCAGAUCGAUUGGCAGUACUUGGCACAUCUAGGCCAGAGAAUGAGUUGGAGCCGCUUGACGAGGGCCCGCUGGACCCAAUCCUGAAUCGAUAUGAUCAAACUAGUAUGCGCCAGAUUAAUGAUCUGAUUAUGGGCUUUCAGACAUUCCAGAUAUAA